GUCACUUCCGGUGAGUCUGUCGGGAGAACGGCAACAUGGCCCUAAACGGCGCCGGUGAGGGCUUGGGCUGCGCGGGCCUAUUGCUGCGGGGUACGGGAGGCAACCCGCUGGGGCGAGACCCCCCGGCCCCUUGUGCCUCUCUCCCCCCAGAAGUCGACGAUUUCUCCUGGGAGCCUCCGACCGAGGCGGAGACGAAGGUGCUGCAAGCGCGACGGGAGCGGCAGGAUCGCAUCUCCCGGCUCAUGGGUGACUACCUGCUGCGUGGUUACCGCAUGCUGGGCGAGACGUGCGCGGACUGCGGGACGAUCCUCCUCCAAGACAAGCAACGGAAAAUCUACUGCGUGGCUUGUCAGGAGCUCGACUCAGACGUGGAUAAAGAUAAUCCGGCUCUGAAUGCCCAGGCUGCCCUCUCUCAAGCUCGGGAGCACCAGCUCGCCUCUGCCUCGGAGCUCCCCUUGGGCUCUCGACCCACUCCUCAGCCCCCUGUCCCCCGCCCAGAGCAUUGUGAGGGAGCUGCAGCAGGGCUCAAGGCAGCCCAGGGACCACCCCCUCCUGCUGUGCCUCCAAAUGCAGAUGUUGUGGCCUCCACACAGGAGGCCCUCCUGCAGAAAUUGACCUGGGCUUCAGCAGAGUUAGGCGCUAGCACCUCCCUGGAGACUAGUAUCCAGCUGUGUAGCCUCAUCCGGGCUUGUGCUGAGGCCCUGCGCAGCCUACGGCAGCUGCAACACUAAAAAAUCCCUCCUGAGAAAAACC